AUGAUACGAUGGUUUACGGCGGGGGAGUCCCACGGUCAGGGGCUCAUGAUUAUCGUCGAAGGCGUACCUGCUUACCUGCCCCUCGAUGAGGCAUACAUCGCACACCAUCUGGCCCGACGCCAGCGCGGCUACGGCCGUGGCGGACGUCAGCAGAUUGAGCGCGACCAUGCCCAUAUCCAGACCGGCGUUCGCCACGGAUACACCCUGGGCAGCCCCAUCGGCAUGCUGCUGGAGAACCGGGACUGGGUCAACUGGCAGGAGGCCAUGGCCGUCGAGUACGUGGAAAACCCCUCCCAGGAAGGCCGCAACCAGCGCGUCACUCGUAUCCGCCCCGGUCACGCCGACCUUCCUGGCGCUAUGAAAUAUGGAUUCCACGACGUCCGUAACUCGUUGGAGCGCGCCUCCGCCCGCGAGACCGCCGGCCGCGUGGCCGCCGGCGCCGUCGCCAUGCGCCUGCUUGAGGAGUUCGGCGUCAGGCUGCACAGCCACGUGGUCUCCAUUGGCCGCAUCCACGCCGAUCCUCCCCAAAAUGACGCCAUCGAUUGGGACGCCGUGGAAGAAUCCCCCGUUCACUGCGCCGACAACGCCGCCGCGGAGAAGAUGAUGGCCGAGGUGGACGCUGCCCGCGAAGCCGGCGACACCGUCGGCGGCACCGUGGAAGUGAUCGCUGAAAAUAUCGACGCGAAAGUCGCCCAGGCAUUGAUGAGCAUCAACGCGGUCAAGGCCGUCAGCAUUGGCCCCGGCUGGGAACUGAUGGACGCCUGGGGCUCCGAGUUCCAGGACGUAAUCGAGCCUGUCACCGACCCUGACAACCCCUGGCAGCGAAGGACCAAUCGCGCCGGCGGAACCGAAGGCGGCAUGACCAGUGGCCCGCCCCUGGUGGCCCGUUUCGUCAUCAAGCCCAUCGCCACCCUCCACAACCCGCUGCCGUCCGUGGACUUGGACACCGGCGAACCGGUCCAGGCUCAUUUCGAGCGCAGCGAUGUCUGCCAGGCCCCUCCCGCAGGUGUCAUCGGCGAAGCCAUGGUUGCCUUGGUCCUGGCCGACGCCUUCAUGGAAAAAUUCGGUGGGGACAGUGUCUCUGAGACCCGCCGUAACUUCGAGGGUUACCAGGCUACCGUCGGCCCGCGCCUCCGCUAUAGCUGA